AGAUGUAAUGAUGAGAACUAGACGUCACAAAUACUUCCAGUUAUCAGUCUUCUUCCUGAUCUACACAAUUAUUCACGAAGUUUCAAGUUCAGAAACAAACACCAAAAGCGAGCUAGAAAAGAGUCUACAACAAUCAGAAGACAAUAAAGUGACUCAAACGCCAGGGCACGAGCAAAUUCUCAAACACCUAGACGCUCACCUGAAUUCAGCAGUGAAGGGUAAAAACUUCUCGGAACCACAGAAUUUCACUGCAGAGGGACACCACCAUGUCCUCAACACAUUGGACAAACAUCUCAGUUCCAUAGCAGGUCGACUCCCUCCGAACGAGAAAAACAAUAGUUUGACAGCGAACAAUUCCACAGCACACCAUGAUAUAGUGAACAUCAUCGAUAAACACGUUGCACACGUGUCUAAAGGGGCCCAAAGCGAGAAGAAUGUCAGCACGAAGGCUCAUAAUAUUACUGGACAUGAAACUGUUGGAAACACCCUCGACAAACAACUCAUGGUAGCAAUUGGUGGUGUUCCUAAAGGAGCCGAAAACCUGUCCAAUGAAACUGAUGAGGAAGACUGCACACCUCCAGCAAUAAGACAAUUUCCACACCCUUUAAUGAGCCCAAAGACCAGGCGUCACGGUGGCCUGAUAAUACACAUCAUCGUGGCCGCGUACAUGUUCCUGGGGCUGGCCAUCGUUUGUGAUGAGUAUUUCGUCGCUUCGCUGGACAGGAUAUGUGAGG